AUGGCCUCAACAGCCCCUGUGCUCUCACAGUCUCCUGUAGCAGCUCCUACUCAACCAUCACAACUUACGUCCAUCAAAAAACUUGCAGAAACUCCCAAUCUCAACUUCAUACCUUCAAACUAUGCUUAUUACAACGAUCCCCAUGAAACCUCUGCUACAGAAUCUCAAGAUUCAAUCCCCACUAUUGAUAUUUCUCUACUCACCUCAGCAAACCCAGAUAAAAAGUCCAAAGCAAUACUAGCCCUGACCAAAGCCUGUCGAGAAUGGGGUUUUUUCAUGGUGAUAAAUCAUGGAAUACCAGAAUCGCUGAUGACGGCAAUGUUGGAUGUGAGUAAUGAAUUCUUCAAUCUGCCAGAAGAAGAGAAGCCGAAAUUCGAACCCAAAGAUGUGUUGGAGCCAGUCAGGUAUGGCACAAGCUUUAAUACAGCAAAAGAGAAGGUAUUCUGCUGGAGGGAUUUCUUGAAAGUUUUUGUGCAUCCUGAGUUUCACUGCCCUCAUAAACCCACUGCUCUCAGUGCCUACCAGAGAGGAAUUCAUGGUUCUUUUGCAAAGGUCAGGUCUUGUAUUCAAUCAGAUCUAUUUACCUACAAUCUAUGGGUAAGUUCAUGUGCUGCAACUCUAAAUAUUGAUGAGGUGAGAAGGAUUCUUGGCAAAAUGAGUCGAGAUUCAGGCUGUAAUGAAAGUUGGGUUAGAUAUUUGAAACUUGUCGACAUAUAUAUUACCUCAAGUCACCUGGUGCAUUCAGCUUUCGACACUCUCGUGGAAAGUGAGAAGGAUAUCACGCAAAGGGAAUUGAUCACUUACGACUUCCUUAUUAUUCUGUAUGGAGCCUUGAAGAACAAAGAAAGACUUGAUCAAAUCUGGAAAUCUUUGAGGAUGACUAGGCAAAAACUGACAGGAAGAAACUAUGUAUGCAUACUUUCUUCAUAUCUUAUGGUAGAGGAUUUGAAAGAGGUAGGCGACGUACUCGACCAGUGGAGGCAAUCUGCAACAUCAGAGUUUGAUAGCUCCACAUGCACUAGACUUUCGAAGGCAUUCGAGGAUGCUGGACUACACGAGAAAGCAACAAGUUUUCGUAUGCUCCUCAGUGAAAAGGGGUGUGAACUCAUAGAUGAAAUAUCCGAGUGGAUGAUUAGUCAUGAUGAGUAUGAGUUAUCUGACUCCGAUUAUGCUGUCCGUAUAGACCUGAUGACCAAAGUUUUUGGCAUUGAUUCUGCCGAACGCUACUUUGAACGACUACCUCCCUUAGCAAAAACUAGUGAAACAUACACUGCUCUCCUCCACUCUUAUGCUCGGUUGAAACUAAUAGAAAAGGCAGAAGAUCUCUAUGAAAGAAUCAAGGCAGCAAAUCUUUCCUUGAGUGCCAUCACUUACAAUGAACUAAUGACUUUAUAUAUGUCAGUCGGACAACUGGAAAAGGUGAGUUUGAUUGUCGAGGAACUAGAACACCAGAACGUUCCACCAGAUCUAUUUACCUACAAUCUAUGGGUAAGUUCAUGUGCUGCAACUCUAAAUAUUGAUGAGGUGAGAAGGAUUCUUGGCAAAAUGAGUCGAGAUUCAGGCUGUAAUGAAAGUUGGGUUAGAUAUUUGAAACUUGUUGACAUAUAUAUUACCUCAAGUCACCUGGUGCAUUCAGCUUUCGACUCCCUCGUGGAAAGUGAGAAGGAUAUCACGCAAAGGGAAUUGAUCACUUACGACUUCCUUAUUAUUCUGUAUGGAGCCUUGAAGAACAAAGAAAGACUCGAUCAAAUCUGGAAAUCUUUGAGGAUGACUAGGCAAAAACUGACAGGAAGAAACUAUGUAUGCAUACUUUCUUCAUAUCUUAUGGUAGAGGAUUUGAAAGAGGUAGGCGACAUACUCGACCAGUGGAGGCAAUCUGCAACAUCAGAGUUUGAUAGCUCCACAUGUACUAGACUUUCGAAGGCAUUCGAGGAUGCUGGACUAGACGAGAAAGCAACAAGUUUUCGUAUGCUCCUCAGUGAAAAGGGAGAGCUUCUAUUGGAAUACUGUGAGAGAACUCAAAAUCUACUGAGGAAAUUGGUGAGAGGAAUAUCAGAAAGCCUUGGACUUGAAGAAUACGAAAUGGAAAAGACAUUAAACUUGGACUCAAGUUUCCAGAUCUUCAUUGCAAAUUAUUAUCCACCUUGCCCUCAGCCUCAACUUGCACUGGGCAUGCCACCACAUUCAGAUCAUGGACUUCUCACUCUACUCAUAGAGAAUCAAGUGGGUGGUCUCCAAAUACAACACAAAGGAGAGUGGCUUAAUGUCAAUGCUCUUCCCAACUCUAUUCUGGUCAACACGGGAGAUCAUCUCGAGAUAUUUAGCAAUGGAAAAUACAAGAGUGUGUUGCACAAAGCAAUCGUGAAUAACAAGAAUACAAGAAUUUCUAUAGCCAUGGCCAACGGUCCAUCACUGGACACUAUCGUUUGCCCUUCUUCAAAGUUGGUAGAGAAUGAAGGAUGUGCACCAGCAUAUAUUCCAAUGAAGUACAAGGAUUUUCUUUUUUCGCAACAAAAUAAUUUGCUCGAUGGGAAAUCCAUCUUGGAUCGUGUGAAAAUUCAAAACAACUAG